AUGAAGGCAUCUACUCUCAUUAUUGCUGCUACUGCAGCUAUUGCUUCCGCUCAAGAGUAUUUCGAUACGACUACCACAUCGACAUCGACCUCUUACACCACAGUCACAAUUUAUAAUACUCGAACUACUACCACCUGUAUUACCACUGUGACCUCUACUGGAUAUGCCCCCGACACAAUCGUCACUCCAGAGCCAUACUCGACCAGCGUCAGCACUUUGCCAGUCUCUGAAGUCUCGACCUCUUAUCUCCCAGUCCCAGAAACAACUUCCUCGUCUGUUUGGUCUUCAUCUUCUACUACAACAAGCGAAUCGUCAUCGACGACUUCGACAUCAGUUGGAGAGGUCUCUACUACCUCAUCCACGUCGACCAGUACCGAGACGACCUCGACUCCUGUAUAUUAUGCUCCGACAACAUCUAUUGUGUCGACAACAUCUAGCAGUUCCAGUUCUUCCAGCACUUCUUCUUCUUCUUGGACCAGUUCUUCUAGCGUUGUUUCUACAAGCAUUGCUUCUUCUACUAGCGUGGCUCCUUCCAGCACUUCUGUUUCUUCGGAGAGCGUUUAUGUUCCUCCUACAACUUCUUCCUGGACUACUGUUAUCAAGACAACCAAGGCUCCAACAACUACUUACACUUCUGCUCCUCAGUCUACGACCACCUUCGCGACUUAUACCGUUCCAUCAAGCAACGGUACUGGAAACGCCACGACUACCAGCACUCCACCACCACCGCCAACUCCAUACCCCGGUGCUGCUUCUUCGGUUUCAACUUCUUGGGUCCUCGCCUCGGUAGCAGGCCUUGUCGCCGUUGUCGCCGCUUCCCUCUAA